AUGGCGACAGAGCAACCGCUCGAGCCCGUGGAAGUCGAAGGAGAAGUUUCCCCAAUUGAUAAAGAGGUGAACGAAUUUAUUCGAGAAUUUAAUGAAUGGAACAUGGGAGUUGAAAAGGAUAUGAAAAAAAUUGAUUACUUUGUGAAGAAGAUUAAAGCAAUGAUCGAAGAGAUAAAGAAGAAGCAAGAGGAAACGGGGAAUUACCCAACUACAAGCGAACACUUGACAAAUCUGUUGACUAUAUCGCUGGUACUGCACUCGUAUAAGACUAAUGCAACGUAG